AAGGGAUGUAACUCACGACUAUGGUUUGAAACGAAAACGUAAAUAAGAAAAUUUUACCUUUCUAGUUUAUUUGAUAUCAUUCUGGCUGGAUUAAAAUGCCAGCUAAACAAAGAAGAGUAGCUCUGAUGGGCUUCAGAUCGGUUGGAAAGUCAUCAGUCACAAUCCAGUUUGUCGAGAAUCAUUUUGUAGAUUCUUAUGACCCAACAAUUGAAAACACUUUCCAAAAGACCCUCAAAAUCCGUGGACAAGAGUACUCUCUGCAAGUGAUUGACACAGCUGGCCAGGAUGAGUACUCCAUUCUGCCCCAGUCUUAUUUUGUGAAUAUAGAUGGAUAUGUAUUGGUAUAUUCUGUCAAUUCUAGGAAAAGCUUUGAGGUGGUGAAGUUUGUCUAUGAUAAGCUCUUGGAUAUGAAAGGAACCAUCAAUGGUGUACCAGUAGUAUUGGUAGGAAACAAAUGUGACUUAGCCACAGAAAGGGAAGUGACUUUUGAAGAAGGAAAGAGAUUGGCAGAUAGCUGGAAGGUAUCCUUUCUGGAAACAUGUGCAAAGGAACAUCAUACUGUGACAGAAGUUUUCACUCAGAUUAUCCUCGCCAUUGAGAGAGCAGAGGGAAAUAACCCUGACCAGAAUAAGUCCUGUGUAUUAUCUUGAUGAUAAUAAUGUCAGUGACUUCUUUUAAUGCAUUGUAAUCUUAUGGAAUGAAGAACUUAUUUGUAUUAUAUAAUUUUCAAUUGUACAUAUAAAAUUGUAGAUGUUUUUGUGUAAGGCGAGUGCAUGACAUCUCAGGUUAAAAUAUUGCAUUGUGAAUUAUUUUUAUUCUCUGAUUUUAAACACAUAAUUGUUAGAGUUUUAGACUUUGAAGACAGUAGGGAAGAAUUGUUCUGUUCACAUAUUAUUUAAUGUUACAACACUGUAUUUGACUUGUAUACUUUUACAUCAUGUAUUGAAUAUAUAAUUAUAUGAAUGAAAUUGUAUUUUGAUGCUCCCAAUUCUACAGACAGUAUGAUCAGUGUUUUUUUUUCAUUGAUUGGAAAUGAUAUAGUUCCUGAAAAUUGUUUGAAACGUAGAUCAUUAUUAAUUAACAUUACUUUGAAUUUUUCAUUUGUAUGUCACAUAAUUCAGCACCAUGCAAGUUUUAGUGAAAAAAAAUGUGAAUUAUGAAUUUUCCAUGCAAUAAAAUGAAAACAAUUUUGA